UUGCCAUGCGCCUUGGCCCACUCUACUAGCUAGCUAAAUUGCUCUGACGAACCACGACGAGACGAUAGCCACGAAUGGCUUCCACCGCUCUCCUCUCAGCUCCUCCGGCAGCAGCGCCGGCUGCGUCCGUUCCAGCUCCUAAGCAGCGCGUAGCCACGGUGCAUGUGGCUGCGGUGCCCCUGAGGGCCGCCAAAGGCCCUGCCCAGACGCUGCUGUCCGCCGCCUACUCUGUGGGCGUCUGGCAGCUGCAGCACUUCGUCGUCAUCAUCCGGCCAGAUCCAUCUCAGUCCCAGGUGGUUGCCUUUGAUUUUCAGCCUCAAGAUCCCGAGAACUUCUAUGCAUUACUAGCUGUCUUAACUCAGAAGCACAUGCCCGGAGUUGUUCUAAGAAGGAGCUUGCGAAGAUUACCCAACACGAGGUGCUGGUUUAUUGGAUUCGCUGACUCUGAUGAUGCUGUAGAUGAGGCUGACAGAUUCAGUAAAAGCUGGUCGACUGAGCUGAUUGUUGGAGAGCACGACUGUCGCCAUUUUGCAAACGGAUUGGUUGAAUGCCUGACCGGCGAGCGACAUGUUUUGAGCUAUCUUCAAACAAUCUCCCAGUAGAUGAAUGAACCUGUGAAUGCUGGAGAAGAAAAAAGGUACAUCCAUGCUCAGAAGCAUUUGCCACUUCUUACCGCUUGUAUGAUCUUUUGAGUUGCAUAUAUACAAGUGUUAUUAGAUGUUUCAUGUGUUCUGUGCUUCACCUAAUCCAGAAAAAUUCUUAUAUGUUCUUGAAACUA